AAACACCCAACUUAACACAAGUAUCAGUUCAUUUCAGACCUUUGUUGUCUCACAGGGAAAAUCUGGUCUUCUGCGGUGGUGAUGAGGACGACAGACAAUACGAGCAUCCAAGAGACAUCCAAACAUGGAACUGUUAACAUAAUGCAUAUAGAGGCGAUGGCCCACCAAGCUCUGCUCAUUUCCUAACAAACAAGCUGUGCUGCUGCAUCUCUCUUCACACCUGCACGGGUCUCCAACUAGUAUGCCGAGCCAGCUCGAGGGCGCCAUGGAUGCACUGAUAAGAGUCUUCUACAACUACUCUGGAAAUGAUGGAGACAAACACAAACUCAACAAGGGUGAGCUGAAGGAGCUGCUGAACAGCGAGCUCACUGACUUCCUCACGUCUCAGAAAGACCCGAUGCUGGUGGAGAAAAUCAUGAAUGACCUGGACUCGAAUAGAGACAACGAGGUGGAUUUCAACGAGUUUGUUGUGCUGGUGGCCGCCCUGACUGUCGCCUGCAAUGACUUCUUCCAAGAGCAGGAUAAGAAAUCAAAGUAGAUGUCUGCAGAAAACCAAUCGUAAGCAAAUGUAAAUCCCUUACAGCAUUUAACGUCUGAAAAAUAUGAAUCCUUUAUCUUAGAUUAACACACAUUGUAGGAUUAAUAGAUAAAUAUUAAUGAACAUAGAAACAAUUUUGUUGGUUCGUAUCUGUAUUUCUACGCUGAAUGUAUGCAACAGGAAAGUAUCCUUCCUAGAAGUCA